CCAAACCGGAUCCUUCAUGAGGGAAGAGGCCAGGGACAGGCACUAGCCCCGGCUUCUCUUCUCUUCUCUCAUAUUAUUCUGUAUUGCAAGCCACGGGAGCCCAAAUAGGGGUCUGAGUCAGUGUUCGUAGGAUGUCCCGUCAUGAAGGUGUGAGCUGCGACGCGUGUUUAAAGGGCAACUUCAGAGGUCGACGGUACAAGUGUUUAAUUUGCUACGACUAUGACCUGUGUGCAUCAUGCUACGAAAGCGGUGCAACCACGACCAGACACACCACAGAACAUCCCAUGCAGUGUAUAUUAACAAGAGUUGACUUUGACCUGUACUAUGGCGGAGAGGCGUUCUCGGUGGAGCAGCCUCAGGCCUUCACCUGUCCCUACUGCGGCAGGAUGGGCUACACAGAGAUCUCCCUGCAGGAGCAUGUGGCUGCAGAGCACACAGAAACCUCCACUGAAGUGAUAUGCCCCAUAUGUGCAGCACUGCCAGGUGGCGACCCAAAUCACGUGACGGAUGACUUUGCUGCUCAUCUCACACUUGAACACAGAGCCCCUAGAGACUUGGAUGAGUCAAGCGGGGUGCGGCAUGUGAGGAGGAUGUUUCACCCCGGGCGCGGGUUGGGGGGCCCGCGAGCCCGCAGGUCUAACAUGCAUUUCACCAGCAGCACCACAGGGGGGCUCUCCACCAGUCAGAGCUCCUCACAGAGCUCCAACUACAGCAGAGAGGCCAUGGAUCCCAUAGCAGAGCUCCUGUCCCAGUUGUCGGGGGUACGGCGUUCGGCGGGGGGCCAGCUCAGUUCGGGUCCCUCCGCCUCGCAGCUCCAGCAGCUUCAGAUGCAGCUCCAGCUGGAGCGCCAGCAGGCGCAGGUGGCGCGUCAGCAGCUGGAGACGGCCCGAAACGCCAGCCGAGGGGGCGGCCGAGCCAACGCAAUCCUCAACACGAAUUCAACCGCUGCAAACCCCAACCCCAGCGCCAACCACGCCAACAACCCCAGCCCCCACCCGGGGGCGACUGAGCCCAACACACAACACACGGCACACAGCUCCCAGUUUCUACUCAGCAGGCUGAGCGAACCGCGGCUGUCUGAGGUGGAGCGGCAAGCGUGUGAGGCCCAGUGGGCUGACAGGAGCCUGUUCGUCACCGAGCUGCUGCUCUCCACGCUGCUGCCCGACGACGACGCCUCGGCCUCUUCCUCCGAAGACGAGGAUGAUUGUCACGGCUCGUUGCGAAACUUCGCCGACUUCGAGGCCAUGGGCUGCGUGGAGGUGAUGACGUUGGACGUGGCCCUGGAGAACCUCAACCUCAAGGAGACGAGCCCCGCCCCGAAGAAGACGAAACCGGCGACUAAAACGGCACCUGCCAAGAAAGAGCCCCCCGCGCCGCCCCUUUGAUGACAUGGCCGCUCCCUUUCCCCCUUCAAUCCACCAUUGUGACUAGCCGACUGCUCCGUCAGUCCAACUGCCAAUGGAUGACAAAGACUGCAGUUCUUCAUGGCUUUUUUUUUGUUUUUUUUCUCAGUGAUUGUCAUUUCAGUUCUGUCGCUCCCCAACUCCACCCCAUGUUUUACUUUGUGUACAUUGAAUAAAAGUAGUGAGACGAGAGAAUGUGAAAGCAAGCAAGCGUGUCGGGUGUGUGAGACAAAAGAGAACUAUAUAAAUAUAUUAUUAAAAAAAAAAAAAACUCUAUAUGAAAGUUGAUAAUCAGUCCCUCAUAACCCGUGUUUCCUCUAGCAGAAAACGUAGUCCGCUGUUUUCCAGAGACAAAACCUCGUCACACACUCACAGAAAGAGAGGAGGCUGACUGAAACCCCCCCGCUUAAUAAAAAAAAACAAAAAAUAAAAAACGCUGCUGUGUAUUUAUAGAUAUAAAUUAAAGUGCUUGGAUGGUUUACCACAACUGAAGCAUGAGCUUAAAUCACCAUGUGCCCAUUUUAAACUGCACAGUCACUAGACGGGGAGGUCCUGGCUAACGUUCAACUGUUUGGUGCCUCUUCACCGGCAUCUUUCCACCACACGCGCACACACACUUUCUCUCACACACACACACUGACUGUUUUGUUGACCCUUAUGUCAAAGUCUCAAGCCCCUCCCCUUUGUGUGACGCCAACUGUUUUUAUUUUUUUGGUCGUGUGACCUGGCUUUAUAUCGACUGUGGGCACUUUGGUUUUGAAUUUGCAUAUCCAGUGUCCAUUUAUGUACACUACAGCUGUUCUGCACAGAAGCGAAACACACAUCUCUCUGAGGCGAAAGAGACGAAGCGAUCUCGGUUGUGACCGUUUUCAGGCCUUUUCUAACAGAAGGAACGCGAGGCUUGGUCUCCUCACACGGUUGUUUUCUCUCUCCUCUCUUUGUCUUUUACAGGAGAUCAGACGCUUCCUUCUCCAGCUUCAUGUGUUCUGAAAUUAAUCUCAUGAAUACAAAGAUUUACUCAUCAUGUGACUUGGAAGGAGAGGAUCCUAUAUUGCUCUUUCCGUCAAUCUUAUGAGUCCAAAAAGAUCUUUGUAUGCCUCCACUGCUAAACUGAAGAAAUGCAAUGUAUGUUUUUUGGCUCACGAGAAGAGCCAAACGACAGGGUAAACCUUUUCAGUUUGGAGGACAAUAAAACAUUUUUUGGAUGGAAACAGACUAACCCAAAUCCUGCUGUCUGGUUAUUUUUGGUUUAUUUUUUUUUUGGCUUUUAUUUUUUCCCCCAGUUGCCAAUUUUCCUGGCGAGCAUGUACAGAAUAAUGGUAUAAAAAAAAAUAAAAUAAACACAUACCUUCCAGGUCGAGUUCAA